GAAAAGGAUUGAGUGCUAUGCCUCAGUACAUGAAGGAGAUAUACUUCAAGACCCCUAGAUAUGUGUUUGUCAACCAGGAACUUCCUAGUGAAAUGAAAGAUGCUUUUGGCAAACCUGUGUUAACCUACGCCAGAAAUAAGAUUAGAACUACCAAAUACACCGUAUUGAGUUUCUUACCCAAGAACUUGUUGUUCCAAUUUCGAAAUGCCGCCAACUCAUAUUUCUUGCUUUUGGUGAUUUUGGGUAUUUUCCAGAUCUUUGGUGUGCCGAACCCCGGGUUGGCGGCUGUGCCAUUAAUUGUCAUUGUGUGUAUCACUGCCAUAAGAGAUGCCUUUGAGGAUUAUAGAAGAGGUUCCAGUGAUUAUGACUUGAACAACUCCCCCAUACACUUGCUCCAUGGAGUUCACAAUACCAAUGUAUUGAAGGAUGAUAUCAGUGGAUGGAGAAAGUUCAAGAAAGCCAAUACCAAGGUGGUUAGAUCAAUUAUGAAGGUGCUCAAAAAGGGUGCCAUCAUGACAUUCACCAAUAAGAAAACCAAACAAGAGUUUAUACGUAAGGAACAGCAGAUCUAUAACACCGACUUAAGAAGAGUAUCAACAAUCAUUUCUGAUACUUCCAUUGCUGAGAAUGGAUACCGGGCUUCGUUCCAGAGUGCUGGUAGAAGGUCUCACCAGUUUUCGGUAAAGCCUAAAGAAAUUGCUCAUUCUCUUAUUAAUCCGACAUUAAUCCAGGAAAACUAUGGUAAGGAUGGUGAUUUCAAGUUUAAAAACAGAUGCUGGAAAGAUGUGAGUGUGGGAGAUUUUAUCAGAGUAAGAGCUAAUGAAGAAGUUCCUGCUGACAUGGUUCUUGUAUCCACUUCAGAUAUCGAAGGUAACUGUUUUAUUGAGACCAAGAACUUGGAUGGGGAAACAAACUUGAAGGUCAAAAAGUGCGUGGAAGCUGGUGGAGCCAACCAUUUGAAGCAUUCUAAUGACUUGGCCAAUACUAAGUUCUGGCUUGAAUGUGAUCCUCCAAAUGCAAACUUGUACGGUUUCAAAGGUACCAUUCAUUACGAAGACUAUGAUAAGGAGGGUAACUUGAUUCAUCCCGAUGAGAAAGAACCCGUUAACAAUGACAAUGUGAUGUUGAGAGGUUCAACUCUUAGAAACACCAAAUGGGUUAUUGGGUUGGUGGUCUACACUGGUGAAGAAUCUAAGAUCAUGCUUAACUCUGGUAUAACCCCAACCAAAGCCUCUAGAAUCUCUAGAGAGUUGAACUUAUCGGUUUUCAUCAAUUUUGCUCUUGUGUUCAUCAUGUGUUUUGUCUCUGCCAUUGUAAAUGGUAUUUUCUACAACAAAAGUGAUACCUCAAGAGUGUUUUAUGAGUUCCAAGCCUAUGGAUCCACGGCCGCCAUUAAUGGUGUCAUCUGUUUCUUUGUGGUGUUGAUCGUUUAUCAGUCCUUAGUGCCUAUUUCGUUGUACAUUUCGGUAGAGAUUGUAAAGACAUGUCAAGCUUUCUUUAUUUUUUCCGAUAUUAAAAUGUACUAUGACAAAUUGGAUUACCCAUGUAUUCCCAAAUCUUGGAACAUUUCAGACGAUUUAGGACAAAUUGAGUAUGUUUUCAGUGAUAAAACUGGAACCUUGACUCAAAAUGUCAUGGAAUUUAAGAAAUCAACCAUCAAUGGUGUGUCUUAUGGGCUUGCAUACUCUGAAGCUAAACAAGGUUUGGAUAGACGAAAUGGUGUUGAUAUUAUCCAACAACUGGAAAUGUGGAAGAAUAAAAUCGCAGCUGAUAAGGCUGUAAUGGUAGACGACCUUGAGAAGUUCUCUGAAAACGAUCAGUUCAGAGAGGAAAGCUUAACCUUUAUCUCCAGUCAGUACGUCAAGGACACGCUUGUUCCUGAAACUCUUGAUAAAACUCAAAAGGCUGCUAACGAGACUUUCAUGUUGGCAUUGGCGUUAUGUCACACUGUUAUGACUGAAGUCAAUGCAUUUGACGAAAGUCUUCGUGAUUACAAGGCUGAAUCUCCGGAUGAAGCUGCUUUGGUGGCUGUCGCUAGAGAUGUUGGUAUAACUUUCAAAGAAAGACAAAGAAAUCUUUUGACAGUUGAAGUCUAUGGCGAAGAACAAAAGUAUGAAUUGUUAGAAACUAUUCAAUUUACUUCAGCUAGAAAGAGAAUGUCAUGCUUUGUUAGAACACCUGAAGGGAAGAUUUUAUUGCUUUGUAAAGGUGCUGAUAAUGUCAUUUUUCAACGAUUGAGCAAAUCUGGUAACUCAUCCAAUGUGAUUUCAAAAACUGCUUUGCAUUUAGAAGAAUAUGCCAAAGAAGGUUUGAGAACCUUGUGUAUUGCCCAGAAAGAGGUGGAUUCCUACUCUUUCAAUCAAUGGUUAAAACGUUACAAGGAAGCCAAGGCCUCAAUUGAAGACGAUCGCGAUGAUAUCCUUGAAGAGUUGAGUGAAGAAAUUGAAAAUAACUUGGUAUUAUUAGGCGGAACCGCCAUUGAAGAUAGAUUACAACAAGGUGUCCCUGAUUCCAUUUCAUUGUUAUCAGAGGCUGGUAUCAAGUUGUGGGUGUUAACUGGUGAUCGUAUCGAGACUGCCAUCAACAUUGGUUUCAGUUGUAACUUAUUGACCACCAGCAUGAAGUUAUUGGUUGUAAAGCCUGAUGACGAUGAUUCUACCAAUGCAGAUCCAGUUGAUGAAUUAGUUUCCAAGUAUUUACAACAAGAUCUUGGAAUUACUGAUUUAUCCAAUGCGGGUGUUGAUCAGUUGAUCAAGACGGCCAUUAAUGACCACUCGACUCCUACGAAUGAUUUGGCUUUGAUCAUUGACGGGGCUGCAUUGGCUCUUGUAUUUGGAAAUGAAAUUGACGGGUUGACAGAAAAGCAGCUUUACUUGAAGAAGAAGUUCUUAUACUUGGGUAAACAAUGUAAAUCUGUCAUCUGUUGCAGAGUUUCCCCAGCACAGAAGGCACAGGUCGUUAAAAUGGUAAAGAAUGAUUUACAAGUUAUGACUUUGGCUAUUGGUGAUGGUGCUAAUGAUGUAGCCAUGAUUCAAACUGCCGAUGUUGGAGUGGGUAUUGCCGGAGAAGAGGGUCGACAGGCAGUUAUGUCAGCUGACUAUGCCAUUGGCCAGUUCAGAUUCUUGACCAGGUUAUUGUUGGUUCACGGCAGGUGGUCUUACAAGAGAUUGGCUGAGAUGAUUCCUUGUUUUUUCUAUAAGAACGUGGUUUUUACCUUUACAUGUUUCUGGUACGGUGUCUACAAUAACUUCGAUGGUUCCUACUACUAUGAGUAUACAUUUUUGAUGUUUUACAAUUUGGCUUUUACUUCAUUGCCAAUUAUAUUUUUGGCUGUGUUCGACCAAGAUGUUUCAGACACUGUUUCCUUACUUGUUCCUCCAUUGUACAGAUCAGGUAUUUUGAGAAAAGAUUGGACUCAAACCAAGUUCACGUGGUAUAUGUUUGACGGAUUAUACCAAUCUGUGAUUGCAUUUUUCUUUGUGAUUUUGACUUUCAGAUUGUCCUUCCAAAACCCGCAAGGUUUGGCCGUUGAUCACCGAUUCUGGCAAGGUGUUAUAUGUUGUGCUAUCUGUGUGACUUCCUGUGACAUCUAUGUGUUAUUAAAGCAAUAUAGAUGGGAUUACAUAAGUUUGAUUAUCUAUUCGCUUUCUAUCUUGGUGGUGUUCUUCUGGGUCGGUGUCUGGAGUGCAACUACCAAUUCCCAAGAAUUCUAUGGAGCUGGUGCCCAAACUUUGGGUACGUUGUCAUUGUGGUGUGUUUACUUUGUUAGUGUGCUCAUCUGCUUGUUACCUAGAUUUACCUAUGACUUGUUGAUGACCAACUUUAGACCUAAGGAUAUUGAUAUUAUCAGAGAAAAGGUUAGACAAGGUGCAUACGAUGAUUAUCCACAAGGAUAUGAUCCUACUAAUAUGGAAGAUGUGGAAAGACACAGGUUGUUGAAGGAAUUAUACAAAAUCGAUCCCGAUGCUUUGGCGAAGUUUGAACAAGAAUUGCAAAGUGUGCACUCAAGUGCAAGCUCUGAACCAAAGAAUGAUCAUAAUCCGUUUGCUAAGACUUUCAAGUCCAUCAGAAGAAAAACAACAAUCAAUAGAUCCAGGGGCAAUACUCUUGCUAAGGAAAUGAACAGCAGUUUCCAUAAGCCUAUCGAUCUUGAUAAGCUCAGAAAGCAGAUGAUCAAUAACGGAGAAUUAGGUGGAGGCGGAUUGACUAGAAUCAGCACCACACACGAGCUUCCUGGUUUAACCCAGGCAGAAACGCUCAUAAGCUACCAUACAAGGACAAGUAUCAACUUUGAUCAUUAGCUACCCCGGUAUGUUUCGUUCUUGUUUAUAUAUAUAUAUAUGUCUCAUAGUAAUAUUAAGUCUAGUUUGACUGUUUAAA